AUCUACAGCACCAUGCACACGCUCGGUUCACGUGCACAGCCGAAGUUCAUUGGCUACGCCCAACCGACAUACAAGUUCAUUGGUUGAAAUUCUCCUCCCUGUCCAUGUGACUUUGUUUACAACGAUUGUCAAUUGCUAUGACUGCAUAUCUGACAUCUAGUGGUAAAAUUUAAAGCUGUGAAUUGGUUUUACAUGGCAGAAAGCGUUUGUAUGUAGGUAAUGUUAACGUCACAUUUCUGUAAAUCCUUGACAUGCAGUACAGAAAUUAGUACACAACCGGAAAAUGUAUGUUUGAAACCUAUCUUUUUCGUUAGCAUCUAUUCAUGCUACGAAUAUUGAGGUAGUUUGCUUCUUACCCGGGGUAAUUUAUGAAGUUUGAAUGCACAGCACAAAUUCAAUCUAUUGAAUAACGAUAAACUGUAGUCAUAUCUGUAAUAAUGUGAACACUUCCACGAUCAUAAUUUAUUCUACAUAUUACAAUAGUACGUUUAAACCAUGAAGCUUUCUUCGCAGCAUCGAGCGUUAUAUUGCUAUUUGAUCCUGAGUGUGUGGAUAUUUCUCUUAGUUGCCGGAAUGUAUAAAUACAUAGGAAAUGAAGACAGUAUAUCUGCCUUGAAGCAUACAAACAAUGAUAUUCCCAUACGAAGCUUUUCAAAAAAUUUUAAGCCUGAUAUUAAGACAAGACGAAUAUUCAAGUUGUGCAACCCUCCAGAGGAAAUUAUCAUUGGACAUGAAGGUCUGGUUCAUGGGAAUUACAUUCUGCAAGGAAUAUUGGUUUUCCUUCGACAUGGUGACCGGGGACCAUUAGCCCAUGUUAGAAAUAUCUCUAAUGUCAACUGUGCAGGAGAUCUUUUUCGAUCUGGUGGCAUUGAUUCUGAUAAAAAUUUUCGUUCAUAUGAAUAUUUUCUUCAAAACCUGUCAGAACCAGGUAGAUUUUCAAGCUUUCUCUCCCAGUUUUUGGGUCCUUUUCAUGGUUUUCCUUUGGUUCCACCAAGUUCAGGGGAAUGCCAGCUGGGGCAACUGACACCUGUUGGAGUUUCUCAACAUCUUAAAACAGGUCAGAUUUUGAGAGGUGUUUAUGGGGAUAAGUUAGGUGUUGGAAAUGGCUCCCUCUCAGCUGAUGAUAUAGCUGUCUAUAGUACACGGUACAGACGAACAUUCCAGAGUGCUUUGUCAUUUCUUUAUGCCUUUCUUUCUUCUGAGGAUUUUCAGAAGGUAACUCUCAAGGAAAGCCAGAGUAUAGCAUUUUGUUUUAAUGAUUGUGCUUGUCCAGCAGCAGAGAAAUUCAGGCACAGAUUCUCUGCAGAGAGCUCAGACCAUUUCCGAUCCCACCCAGCUGUUGUGAAACUUGUCAGCACUGUUGCUGAAAUUGUUUUUGAAAUGCCAGAUCCUACUCUUGCGUCCGACCCUAUUGCACUGAGGGAUGCUCUGUUGACUUAUGUCUGCCAUGGAGCCCAGUUACCUUGCAUUGAUGGAUUAUCAAUAAACAAGGUACCACAAGAAGUUUGUGUCCGAAUGGAGCAAGUCACUGGAUUGUUUGCAUAUACUGAAUGGGAGACUCGACAGUAUGUGAAGAGCAGUAACCUAAAGCGAUACUGUUUGCUCCGGGCAUAUGGUCUCAUGCGUGACAUAGUGUCUCAUAUGCUUCGUAUUAUCUCUGAACGGAAGCCCAAGCUUAUUGUAUAUUCUGGUCAUGACAGAACCCUUCAGUACCUUACUACUGCUCUUGGUGUUGUAUCAGAGAUGACAACAGUUCCUCAUUAUGCCUCUCGCCUUGUUCUUGAGGUGUAUAAGAAUACAGAGCAACAUCUAAUCUCCAAGCUACCCAAAGAUGGCCCCAUUGCAAGGGAUUUCUUCUUCCGUCUUGUUUUCAAUGGUAGAGAUCUCACAAAUCACAUCCAUUUUUGUAAAGGUGCAACCAGCAUCUUGAUGCAUCAGAUGCAUAAGUACAACACAACUGAAACCCCUCAUAAUGCUACAAAUUCACAGUCUUCAUCAAAAAAACAGUCACCCAUAUACCUUUGCCCUGUUGAGUCCAUUAUUCGGUUUUUGCAUGAUGAUUACUUUCUUAGCUUUAAUGCAUCCAAUUUCAAAGAUGCAUGUGCAAUUCACAAUUAAAAAAAUACAUGGUGCAUAUUUGUGUAAUUUACAAUUUUUGUGAUUUUCAUGUCACUUCUUUUGAUUAUAUGGUUAAUAUUUAACUGUAUGUUUUGUUAUACUAAACACUUUAAAAAUAAUUAUUUUUUCAGUAAUGUAUAUGAGUAUAGUAAUGUACAUACAUGUACUAAGCCAGGUUUCAUAAUAAGUAAUUCUGUAUGUUGUGCCCUUCCACUGAUGUAUUAUAUUCAGAUUUUAAAUGGAAGAUGCAACUUUCUGAUUAUUCAUAAUUCCGAUUUUCAAGUCCUAUAUUGUCUAUCCAGUAAUAAAUGCACAAGUGGAAAUAAUUACAAUACAGUUUGUCUAACUGGCAGGUGGCAGAUAUGACCUUUCAUCUCUGUGACUUACUAGAACUAUUUGAUGUAUAUUUUGCUCAUCAUAAAACUGCAGUAUAAUUUACAGUAUUGCUAUUGACUGAGUAUGUUUGGUCUAUGCAGUGCAAAAUCAGUAUUAUACCAAAAUGAACAGUUGUAAAAAAAUCCCUGCAAUGUUCUAUAAUUAUUUAUUUUAUUUACUUGAUUUUGUGAAUCACUGAAAUAUUUCCUCAUAUUGAGGUGUUCAAAGCUUGUUAGAGAUGUUCUAGUGGCCAUUGAUUUUAACAGAUUAAGUAUAAAAAGUACAGCUGUUUCUAAACAUGCUCCCAUCCUCUGUCACUGUCAUCUCAUAUGGACUUUCACUUUAUAAAAUGUCCUCCAAGCAGAUUACUGUAACAGUCCUUUGAGGUGAUACAAACAAUUUAACUGCAGAGAAUGGGGUUUCUAUAUUAUACGUUGGUGCUUGAGUUCAGUUUGCUUACAGUUAGAUAAUGUGUUCAGCCUCAACUGUUCUUGACAAUAUUGUCACCAUUCUGUCAUCUUAAAUACUGUGAUAGUAAUGAGCUUUUAUGUCAUCAGAAAUAUUUUAGUAAUAUCUGAUGUAGCUGGCUUUUGAAAGGGCUACUAGUCUGCUUGGUGGAUAGUUUUGAAACAAGUAACAAUUGUCUCAUUACUACCUCUUUCUAACAUUACAGCAUAUGCAAAAACAAGGAAGUUAGAUCAGAAUGUGCUUAUGUUUGUUCCAUAUUAAUGUAAGACAAAUACCUAAGCUGUAUAUUUGAAAUUAUGAUAAAGCAGAUUUGUGAUGCAAUACAUGAGUUAUAUAUGUCAAAACAGCCCAUAAACUGUAUCAUGAUUUAUGAAUUCUAGUCUGUUGUGAAAUAAAUGUGAGCUUUAAGGUUUA